AAAUAUAUAAAUACAGUUUAAGUUUGGCAGUGGUACUAGUAGUAAGAUCUUUGCAAUUAUACAACCGAAAUAAUUUGUAAACAUCUGAAAAUGAUUUUAAUUUAUUUGUGUUGUUUUCUUUUGUUUGCGUACUAUCUGUACCGAAAAAACUAUACAUAUUGGGAACGUAAAAGAAUUCCUAAUGAAAAACCUUUCUUUUUUUUUGGAAGUUUUUACAAUGUGGCUUUAGGAAAACAACAUAUUUUUCACAAAAUUCGUGAAAUAUACAACAAGUUUUCAACUCCUUACGUCGGAAUCUACAUCUUCAACCAACCGAAUUUAGUGAUUAGAAGUCCGGAACUCAUAAAAAAAGUGUUAGUGAAAGAUUUCGACAAAUUUGUGAAUCACAAAUUGGCAGCAAAUGAAUCAGUAGAUCCCAUAGCCUUCCACACACUUGCCAGUGCAAAGAACGAUACAUGGCGCAACAUUCGUGCAAAAAUGUCACCAAUUUUCACUUCAGGAAAAAUCAAGUUGAUGUUCCCUUUAAUGAAAGAAUGUGGUUCAGACUUGGUUAACUACAUAAAGAAACAUAAUGGAGAAGUUAUGGAGGCUAGAGACGUCACGAAGAAAUAUGCCGUAGAUAUUAUAUCUUCGUGUGCAUUUGGUAUAAAUUCUUAUUGCUUAAAAGAUGACAAUUCUGAAAUUUUACAAGUUGCAACAAAACUUUUUGACUUUAAAUCGAUUAUAAGAAACAUUUCAAUCUUUAGUUUCUUCUUCAUGCCAAAACUGGUAGACAUAUUUAGAUUAACCUUCAUGGACAAAAAAGCUUCCGAUUAUUUGAUGAACAUUUUCAAUGCCACAAUGAAAGAACGCCGGGAAAACAAAAUCGUACGCAACGACCUAAUAGACAUGCUACAUAACUUAAAGGAAAACACUACUGGUAAAGCAAAAUACAUCUUUGAUGAUAUAAAAGUAGCUGCACAAGCUUUGACUUUCUUUUCUGCUGGAAAUGACACAACCUCUCUGACCAUUACUUUUGCUCUUUACGAACUGGCUUUAAAUACCGAUAUACAGGACCGAUUACGUAAGGAUAUUAGGAAACAAUACGAAGCACAUGGUGAUUUUACUUAUGAAGCUAUUCAAGAAAUGAAAUAUUUAGACAUGGUCCUAUCUGAAACACUGAGAAAAUAUCCUUUAACAAGUUUUUUAAAUCGUGAAUCUGUAUCCAACUAUACAUUUGAAGACUCUGGACUCACUAUAGAUAAGGACACUUCUAUUUUAAUUCCUGUUGCUGGAUUACAUUAUGACGAAAAGUAUUUUCCUAAUCCUGAAAAAUUCGAUCCGGAACGAUUCAGUGAUGAAAAUAAAACUAAAAUAGUUCCAUACACUUAUUUGCCUUUUGGGGAUGGUCCAAGAAUUUGCAUUGGACAAAGAUUUGCAACCGUGGUAUCAAAAGUUGCUUUGGCUUAUGUUCUUAAAGAUUUCGCCGUUGAAAAAACAGGUGCUACAAACGUUCCGCUGCAGUUGGAUCCAAAGGUUAUGUUUAUAGUAGACAAAAAUGGUGUACAUUUAAAAAUGGUUACAGUAUAAUACCUUAAGUAUCUUUACAUACAAAUAAAUAUAAAUAAAUAAAGUGCAAAAAAGAA